AUGUUAGUUAUGCGGGUUGAACUUGACAGAUUCAGCCCUUUCAUCCGAAUAGACAGUGGUGUAUUUAUUCAGAAACGGAAGCCAGUUCCAACAAAAGGGCUUAUAAUUCAAGUCAAUGACCCAUACUAUAUCAAUUUGGGAAUUCUUCAAUUAGAAAGUUCAACUAGUACUGCUUCAGACAGGAAUGCUCUAUUGCACGGCGACACUCCUGGUAUGACUUAUAAUAUAGGCUCCAGUGAUUUGUCAUAUAAUACUAUCAGAAAAAUUGGGGUAGAAUAUGAGCAGAUUAGCAAUCAUUUAUCUAUCAAAGUAUCAAGAUGA